GAUCUGGACGCUGUCGCUUCAAGAGGGUGUCAGGAUUUUUUUCUAUAUAAACUCGGCCCUUUCAACUUCAGAAUCUUUCCUGCAUCCUUUGGCUUUCACUCUCAUCCGCCUUUUUCAGAGAAUAAGCUUGUCUACACUGUUUCUCCAGGGCAGGCGCUGGUAUCAUCCGCUCGAUAAAGUCGCAGUUUCCUAAUUACAUCUUGCCUCGUGAACAAUCAUUCAGUUCCAACCGAUUAACAGAAAAAAGGCAACUCCGUGAUACUAACUUCAUUAAAGGAUCAAUCACCUAAUACUAUUAUAUCACAUUUCCAUCAUAUCAGUGAGUCCAUCAUGGAGCCUCUAACCCGGGGGGGCCAUAUCCGUCAGCCUGGCCGAACACCAUCGAUGUUUCUCACCUCAACACCGCCUGUGAUCCAUGACAACACUAUUAUUGUGGCCGCAACGCACCCAACUGUCCUGACUGGCCAUAGAAGGAAGGACGGAUGGUUUUUGUCAGACUUUUAUGCCUUCAAUUAUCUAUUGAAAGGCCUGGGAUCAAGCCAAACCUGGCUUACAGCAGCUGACCCCCAGACACUUGUUAAAAAAUAUGGUCCCUUCCUUCAUGGUAACCCUUACGAAGAUAGGAAGGUGGUUCUUAGCCAGGAGCUUCUUGACAGUAACGCAUUUACCCCAGUAACAGUUGUCAGCGCUUGCGCCAUGAUUGAUCGCUUUCUUGGAGAGGUUCAACGAGCAUCCAAAAAGGCAAAACAUAAGCAAGCCCCUCUUUUGAUCAUGGUAUUCUCACACGGACUCCCCAACUUCCAGCUACUUCUCAAUAAUGGUAACCAAAAACGGGGCUUGAGCAUCACACGACUUGAAGCUGUUUUGGAGCCAGGUAUCUCAGUCACUUUGACCACUACAGCAUGUUUUUCGGGCGGAUGGGUCACAAGUCCUGAUUUUAAUCAUACUAUAAUGGCUGCAGCCACUGCAGAGGACGGAGAAUCCGGAUUAUCAAAUGCUUGGCCAGAUUCUCACAGCAUGGGCCGUGCAUGCGGGUCUGUGUUUGCGAGUAUGCUCAUAAAUACUCUAUCCACCGUUACUAGCCCCUUGGUUACUGAGCUUAAUAAGGUAUUGGCAAUUAGAGGGAGCUCUGAGGAUUUACCCCAGAGAUCUGAUCAAUUACAGCCUGAGGAGCCGAGCUCUGAGCAAACAUUGACCUACAAUGCUUUCUGCCAUGAAAUCUGGAGGACAUGUGCAAGCCAAAUCAACCAACUCUGGACAAGCCAGUCUUUUACCUUCAGUGCCCAAGAUGACCAGUGGGAGUAUUCCUGGACUGGUCGCACUGGUAUUCCCCUUACGGAAUUUGAACAACGUUGGAGCCGUCUUGUUACAUACCCAUACACCGGUCCAGAGAAUCUUAGAGCCGAGAGAAACCCGACACCAAUGAAUACCGACUUUAUACCCGGCUCUAGCUUCAAUCGAACCGCCGGGAUAGGUUCUGCGGAUGAUCUCAUUGAUGCCAUGACUGACAAUAUUUGCCACGAGAGAAUCAAAGAAAUGGCCUUUCUUUUCAGACAGACCUGCCCUGGGGACUGGAAUCAUGGGUGGGAAGUCGCUCUUGGUGGCACGUUACGCGGGUAUUAUGAAUUUGAUGAAUUUGAAGACGAAGCUUCAACUAUCGCUUCUACAAUCCGGUUCAGAUGGGAAAUGGGGCUUUUGACAGACUAUAUCAUUAGCACGUUCAAAUUGCCUAUGCCAAAUAACCAAAUUUGCCUGUUGUGGGAUCGCCGGCAGUGGAUCGCGAGAAUCCAAACAUCUAUGCCCAAUUGGCAAGAACGUCGAGCACCAUAUUACAGAACCCUUCGCGCCAGUGGCUUCAAUAUUGAGCCUCUUGAUGACCAAGGCCCUCCAUUCGAGCGUCCCGUGGGUUAUUUAGCAUCCUCCCUGCUGGAGCUACAGAAACCGGAAGCAGAGACUCUGGUGGUGGUUUCCCAAAUCCUGGAAUUCGUAGAGAGAAUGGAGUUAUUUCAUGCCCAAAGAGUUGUUCAAGAUGCAUGUGUGCGCCGUCGCGGUAAAGCUUGGUUGAAAUCUCUGGGAAGACGUAUUAGGAGGUCUCUAUCACCAAGCAAGAAGAUCUCUACAUCGGCAUAGUCGGCAAGUCUUUCAACUCACAUGCGACUAUGGAACGUGAAGACUGGCAAAUGUGAGACAAAGGGUAGAACAAGGGCGUUUAUUUUAUCAAACCGGGGGGUGUUCUGUUAUCAAUAUUCUUAGCUAGCAGGGUCCUCUUGCCGGUCUUCUUUUUGCUGUUUCCUUUCCUUUGCUUGUCGGAGGUUUAGUUGCUUAUCUUUCUUUAUUCAAUAAAUUCAUUGCUUCUCUUCCU